AUGGGUAGUGCCGCCGAUGCCCCCGUGGCCCUGCCAGAGGCCCCCCCCGUGGGGGCGGCCGCCGGAGAGGAGAUCACGCCGCCGCCGCCGGCGGUGGCCAGUUGGCGGAGGCAGAGCCUGCUAGAGAAGGACACGGUGGUGCUGAGGGCAGUGGGGUGCCUCUUCUCCGCUCUGGCUUUCCUCGUGAUGGUCACCAACAAGCACGGCGAUUGGAAGGAAUUCGAGAAGUACGAAGAGUACAGGUGAUUUUUCCUCGAUCUUGUGAGGUGAUUUCCGCGGAGGAUCGUCUUCUUCAACACAGGUGAGGUGGGUAAUUUCCAUUUCCGCCGCUUUCCAUCCGCCAGGUAUGCGGUGGCGAUCUCCGCAGUGGGCUUCCUCUACACGGCGGCGCAGCUGGCCCGGCGGAUCCUCCGGGGGGACAAUUGGGAUGGCUUGCUGCCUCGGCGAGCGGCGGCGGCGGCGGUGGAUUUCGCCGGCGAUCAGGUAGGCAUCCUUCUCCGGCCGAUCCGCCCCCGCCGGAUCUGUGAAUUGGCCAUUUAGAAUGGUACAGAGACUGGGAAGAGCAAGCUUUUCUCUUUCCCCUUGGAGACAGGGGAUGAGGCAAUGCAGCAUACAGGGCUUGUCUCGAAGUGGCCUUUCUGUUUAACCAGAAGGUAGAAGAUGAUGGUGCACUCUCUCAUCAUCUAUCGGGCAGGGAAGAGAGAGAGAGAGAGAGAGAGAGAGAGAGAGAGAGUCUUCUUGGACUGACCAAAUGCGCUCUCUCUCUCUCUUGUUCUCAGUUGAUUGCCUACCUGCUGAUCUCGGCGCUGUCAGCGGCGAUCCCGAUCACGAAUCGUAUGCGUGAGGGAGCUGAUAAUAUCUUCACCGACGCGUCAGCGGCUUCCAUCAGCAUGGCCUUCUUCGCCUUCGCCGCCCUCGCCCUCUCGGCCAUGGUCUCUGGAUUCAAGCUUUCCAGGCAUGCUUAUAUAUAA